AUGGACGACGGAUCUGAUCACGAUUGGUCGGCUUGGACGGACAUGGAACAUCGGGAAUCUGAGCCCGUCGAUGUGAAUAACCCUUACUUUAAUCUCGACAAGGAUAUGCAGUUUGCAUGGCGGAUAGACCACGAUCUGCGUGCCGAGGUUGCAGGCGCAUACCUGUGUUCAACGCUCACGGCCGCUUGGGCGCGAGUUGAGGAGUUGGGUCGUCAAGAGCAUUAUUGUCAACGCUUUUUUCCUGGCAUGCCCGUUGAGCUAGCCCCCCUGCUGAUUGAGUAUCUCAGUCCAAUUGUUCCGGCGGCGAGAGAGAAAUAUGAUCGUGAAGACGACGAGUUUGACCCCUACAGCCCGGAACCAGAGGAAGACGACAAGAACGACGAUGCGUUUGCUUGCGACGAGCACGAGUUUUAUGAAUCCGGGCAUGACUACUUUAACCCCAGCCCGCUUGUCUCCAUGCCGGUCAUCUUGCAACACAACACGCCCCAUGAGUUCAACAUGUUCCUGAUCCCCAAGCUCUACGGCCUGAACAGUGCUGACGAGGACGACUCAGACCAGAGUGGAGACGAGGAAGACACGGCCGAAGGCAAGGCUGAGGUUCAACACAAGACAGCUGCUGAGCCAGCGAAAAAGGACGCUCAUGCAAGCAGGUCCGUGCCCGCAAAGCCAGACAAGGGUGCGGCUCAAGGCGAAGAUACAGACGAGGAUGAGGAUGCCGUCGAUGACGCCGUCAACGCUUUCUCUUAUGACGACAUUGAUGAAGACCUCGCACCAGCCGUUGCCGAGAAUGGGUCUCACCCUUCUCCCACCAAGCACGCCGCCACCGAGGCCACUCUAGCCUCUGCCACGGCCCGCACGGCUGCGACCCAUGGCUCUGAGCCUGUCUCUGGCGCUGCCUCUGACUCUGCUGAGGCAGCGCCUUGCAGUAUGAAACAUGUCGCCAAUUCCCUUCUUCGCAUGAACCGUGAGAUUGCCUGCAUCAAAGCACAGAUGGAAUACAUGCAUCUUGCCAAGCAAACACCCGGUGGCAAGCGCUGCCACCAAAUCUUGCAAACCCUGACUGAACCCGACCCAGCCAAGCAGACGUCUUGGGAUCAAUUGCUCAUCAUCUUCACAAAGACCACUGCGUUGACCGUUGUGAUCAUGAAGCAGCGCUCAAAUCCAUCCCCUUUGAAGCAAAACAUAUCAGUGGGAUCGAGGGAGCUGGAUUCCAGUGCCAGCACGGCACCGCAAUCCAGCACAAUGUCUGCCCGCCAACGUGAAUAUGACGACAAGGCAACGCAGUUGCUUGAGAUUAUCCGCUCAUUGGAGAAGCAGUACCCGUCCAUGUAUCAUGAACUGCGCCGCUUGGUGCAGGACAUGUACUCUGUGUUCUCCCACACUGCUCACACUGCCACAGCUCGGUUCCUCGCCCCCUGCGCCCUUCGUACCGCUGAACCUGGACCCAACGGCCCAACCUCUUUGUACACCAGUGAGCGACGCAUACUGGCGCUCGAGGCUGAGAUUCGCGAUGUACAGCAAGAGCUUGUUUCAUUGCGUCAAUUCAAGGCUCAGAGUGAGGGCCGGCUGCAGACACAGCUUGAUCGUCUAGCCCAGGCAGAGCCCCGACUUUUGGGGCCCGUCUCUGAGAGCACCAUUGAUGCCUUUACUCAGCAGGUGAAGGAAUUGCGCCAGCAGCUCGAGGACAAUGAAACCUGGCAGUCCAAGCUGCAUCGAGUUUAUGAGAGCAAUGCCGACCUACGCGAUCAAGUAGAAGAUCUUACUUUAUCCCGUGAAGAUCUAGUCAACAGCCUUGAGCUGCUCAAGACAGAACUGACUGGCCGAAUCCAACAAGUACAAUUGUUGACACGCGGUGUGACCACCGGUGGCGAGGCCGUCUAUCGCAAGCUUCAGGCUGAGAUGCAAGCCAAUACGAUGAAAGCCAUUGCCAAUGCAGAAACUCGAAAAAAGACCAAACAGCAACGCCACCCUGACCAUGCCGAGGCUCCUCAAGCGGAUCGGGCCAGAGUCUACGAGCGGGACGUUGUCUUGCGCCCUGAUGCCACGCAACCACGCUUAGGAUUUCAGGUCGAGACGCUUGAGGGGCUUCCAUUGCCUCGUAUUUGUCAAAUUAUUCCAGGAGAAACUGCCGCUUUGAGCGGAUGUGUGUUUUCUGGCGACGAGAUCAAAGCUAUCAACGGCGUCCCCGUUUCGGGCAAGGCCCACGACGAUGUGGUGGCUCUUCUUCAGAACUCGGCUGACGAGUGCCGGCUCGUGCUUCUAUCAAGCCAACCUUUGCCUGGCGACCGGUCAUUGUCGCCGCGACGUCGCGAGAGCGGCGAGCAACUUGUUUAUGCCCGUCGUGUAGUAUUGCGGCGUACCCCGGACAAGUCACGCCUUGGCAUUGUCAUUGAGGGAGGUGCAGAGGAACGUCAACAAGCGGUCCGGAUUGCCAAAAUUCUUGAAAACGAACUGGCGCACGAAUCGGGUCGCAUCCUUCCUGGAGAUCGCAUCAAGGCCAUCAAUGGUGAACCCGUGGCCGGCAAAACCCACGAGCAAGUUGUUGCCAUGUGCCAGUCAAACAGCCAGGAAUGCGACUUGCAACUGUUGUCUUACCAUCAUUUGGAGGGAGACGAGUUGGUGACGACCCGCGCCACGUUGGUACCGCAACAGCUAGAGGCGCUCGUGCUGCAGGCAGAACAAGCCCUGACGGCGCAGGCAUGGGCUACGGCUGUGGAGAGUUAUUGGUACAGCGUGGUAUACCAACACGCCGGCUAUGUUCAGGAUGCGCUGGCGUCAGCCAAAAAGGCCAUGGACCUGGACCCGGCCGGUGCCGACUAUGCGGCACAGGUUGAUACCCUCAAACAACAGCUUGAAAAUGCUCGAAUGAUGGAGGGUCCCGAACAGCGGGCGAGUGUCACCAUGACGCUCGAACCCCAGCAGCGCAGCGGCGAGUACGGCCAUUCACGUUCCGUGUCUUCCAGCCAGCGUGGCUCUGUGGCCAACGUAGCUGCUGCAGGCACUGCGCCACACGACAACUACAGCGAUGAUGACGACGACUUGGCCGAGAACGUUGUGUUUGCGGCCAACUCCUAA